AUGUUUCCGAGAAAGUGCCUGCUGUUGCUGGCCUGUUCCUGGACGCUCCUCCAGCGCGUUGCGGCUGCUCCAGAUGUCGCGCUGGAGCCUAGUCUUGACGAUCGCCGCCGUCUCGAAGAGCGGGAUUUGGAAGAGCGCCAUAAUCACCCCAGUCUUGAGAGCUCGUUGCUUUCGGUUAUAACAGAGGAGAUGGCGUCCUCGACUCACCGCACCAGUGGCGGCGGUGAGACUACUUCUCCGGCUGGCGGUAGUGGAACUACUACUACCAAAGAGGGUGGAGGUACCACUUCCCCUACUGGAGGUGGUGGAACGGAAACCUCGCCGGCUGGCGGUACGGAGACUGGAACUGCCACCACUGGCACCACCAGUUCUUCGACUGGUGCUCCAGCUGGUUCUUCCAUUGGCCCCUCGACUGGCACUGCCGAAACACCCACCACUCCAUCAUCUGGCGGCCCUGGAACUAUCACUGGUCCCAAUAUCAGUCCCUCGACUGGUGGCCCUGAGAUAUCCACUGGUCCCAGAACCAGACCUACCACAGGAGGCGGUUUUUCGACAACUGCUACCCCCGAGAGCCCCGGCACUGGAGGACCAACCACUAGCCCAGUGACCUCGCCUGGUGAAUCCACUUCUCUCACCGGCGGCAGUGAAACACCUGCAACCCAGUCUUCCACCACUGAAGCCUUUACCACCUCCCCCACUGGCGGCGGUGGUGGAGGUGAAACCCCAAGCCAUGGCGGCCAGACUUCUCCUACUAGUGGUGGUGGUGGAGGUACCGCUGAACAUCCCAGCACUACUCACACUACUACCACUGGCGGUGGUGGAAACGGUAAUACCGAGCGGUCCACUACUCACACUUCUACCACUGGGGGAGGUAGUGGUACUACUGAGCAGCCUACCACUACUCAUCCCUCCAACACUGGUUCUACUGGCGGUGGAGGUGGUGGAGGUGGUGGAAUUGGUACCGAGCAUCCUUCUCACACUACUGGAGGAGGAGGAAGUGGUGGUGGCACCACAGCACCAGGAGGUUCUAGCGGUUGUAGUGUAUGUCCCUCGGGUCCGAAGGAUACUGUAGUUAUCCCUGUCGAGCCUGUGACUGUCACUUGUCCCCCUGCUGUUACCAUCACUGUCACUGCUACUCCAUCUUCUGGCGGUGGAUGUCCCUGCCCCACUGAAGGUGGUGGUGGUGGAGGAGGCAACCCAGGCGGAGGCGGCGGUAACCCCGGUGGUGGUGGUAAUCCAGGCGGCGGCGGAGGAGGAGAAGGAGGAGGAGGAGAAGGAGGAGGAGGAAUCACCACAACUGGAGGAGGAGGAGGAACCACCACAACUGGAGGUGGUGGAGGUGGCUCAACCACAGGCGGAGGAGGCAGCUCAACAAGAGUCCCUCCCAGCAACAGCGGCGGAGUCACAACAUCCACCAGAACCAGCACUAGUACCAGCACCAACACACGCACCUCGACACCCUUCAUCCCAAUCAGCACCAGAGAGAGAACCAGCAGAAUCACAAACUCGAGUCCUGCUACCAGGACUACUGCCUCUACCUUGAGUACCUCGACUUCCAAAUCAGAGACUACAAAGUCCGAGACAAAUUCUAGCACCAGAGAGAGAAUCAGCAGAAGCACAAUCUCGAGUCCUGCUACCAGGAAUACUGCCUCUACCUUGAGUACCUUGACUUCCAAAUCAGAGACUACAAAGUCCGAGACAAAGUCCAGCACUAAGUCUGGCCACGUCAAGCCAACCCAGCGGGCAUAUGUGGUUCGACGAGCGGCAGUUGGAAACACCCCAACUACAUUCAGCAACUCGACCAUGUCGAAUAUGACUAUUCCUGCGAAUGGCACUAAAGCCCCGUCUGAGCAGGCCACUGAAGCUGCGCCUGUGCCUGUCUUCUUGCCCCGCUUCCACCGUGGUCGUUUCAGGGCUUAG